UACAGAAAUUCCCUUCCCCAUGCCCAGCCAGACGAAGGGGUCCUUGGUCAGGUCAGAGAUCCUAUCAUGCAUCCCCACCCUGGCCAAAGACCUCUCCGUGGGCAAGACCAGAGAUCUUGUGGGUGGUGACAGAAUUUUGCAUUUUUGGGAUGUCUUUUCGUGGGAAACACUGUGGGGUUUUGGCCGGAUGAGGGUGUCCCAGUGGUGCUGUCAGGCUGGGCUGUGUGGGGUCAGAGCCAGACACUGAGGUCCCUGGGCAGUGAGAGCUGAAGGUUUGUCAGCUCUGUGUUGCUGGAGCUAGGGUGUGAUGGGUUAUCUUUAGCGCUGCUUGGUUUGCUCUCGCUGUGGGAGGGUCAGCAGCAGGGCCAGACAGGGCCAGAUCAUCAUCCCAGUACCAGCCUCAGGGAGCCCCUGCCCUCCACUGGAGGUUGAUGUGGGGUUGUGGGGUAUUGGAGUGACCUUUGGUCUGGAGAAUGGAUGGGAUAGCUCUUGGUUCUCCUGCUGGUUGCUCACACCAGGUCUCCUGCAGCUUCCCCAGCACUUAGGGAGGGUAAAUGGGGAGGUGGAUGUGGGCUGGGGGCAGAGCAUCCCCCAGCACCUGCGUGGGCUGGGUGCUGCUGGCAUCUCUGCAUGCAGGAGCUGGUAUAGAAAUGUGCUGGCAUCCGGGAGCUGCCACAGGAGACGCUGUCAGAUGCUCUUUAUGCCCCCAGGGACCUCCUCCCACCUCUUCUGUGCCGCCUGAGCUGUUGUACAGUGUUUGCAGAUGCCCCCAUCUCCCUUCACUGUGUCCUUCAGGGCUCCCUUAGCCCCCCCCCCCAUCUACAGCAAAGCUUCUCCCCCACAGCUGGAGCAAAAAAGGGCAGAAGUUGGUGGUUUGGAUGGAGGUGGCCAAAUGUGGGACCAAUUUCCAAGCUCCUGUAGCGGGUCAUUGCCCAGGGCAUGGCCCAAGGCAAGUGUUGGAUGCUUGGUAUGGCUGCCAGAUGCUUAGAGCAGCACUCAGGCAUGGAUCCUUGGCGAGCAUGGCCACCCUUGAUCGAGCUGUGGUGGUUGGGAGAUCCCUCUGUGACCUCCAAUGGCAGCUCAUGGACAGAGAGUAAGGGUGGGGAGAACAUCUGGUAGCUUGUAUGAUGGUGAAGGAAAGGGCCAAAACUCACACCCCAUUCCAUAAUCCCUCUGCUGGAGGGGCACAGUGGAUUGGGGUGGCUCAGGUGUCUUUGGAGCAAGUAUAGGGUGAAACUGGACUGUAGCAGGGAGCAGGAUGUGAGCAGUGGGAGUGCAAGGGCAGCACCUGGGAGAAGCAGGGUCAGCACUGAGUGUGAGAGGGGCCAGGCCAGACCCUGCAGUUUGGGGUGUCAAGUGUUUGCUGUCAGAUAGCCAAAAGUUAAGGAGAAGUGGGAAACAUCCAGGAAACAUCCAUGGAGAGGCAUGGGACCAACUUCUGCCUGGAGGAGCAGCCCUGCCGUCUUCCCUGGCUGCUCCCUGGGUGGCUGUGGCUCCAGUGGUGACUGGGGGAUGAAUUACGGCCACCGGGUUUUCCAUGCCUUAGUAUAGGCAUGGGCACGGCCUCAGCCCCCGCGCGAUACAGCGAGUGUGCCCUGAGCUCCUGCCUUACUGCAGGAUCCAGCUGGGGAGUGCAAGUCAGGCUAGAAAGUGUUGGGUUUUUUUUAAAACAGAAAAAGAAAAAAGCCCUCCCACCAUCACAAGAUGUUUCUGUCUAACGGCUCCGUUCCCUCUCCGCUAAAUACAAAUUAUGGCUCUGACAGCCGGAGGCGCUUAUCUCCAACUGAAUGCCAAUUACUUUCAGGAACAAAAUGUUUGAAGUUCCUCUAAGGUGAAGGCACAACGUGGUCCCUGCCACUGCUUUCAGCCUCCAAAACCUGCUGUCAUCACCCUCACUUGGGUCUCAGGUCCCCAGCUGGGAGAGAACCAGGCAAGGGGGUGGACACAGGCCGGCAGCUACAUUUGGACAUAGCUCAGCCCUCCUGACUCAGCCGGGGGGGACGGACAGGGACGUGGUCCUGGCCUGACGUUAGCAGUGGCGUGGCCCCUAUAAUAGCACCGUGCCCCGACUUGAGCUCUCUCUCCCUGUCAGCCUCAGAGAUGAGUCUGCCUGUCCCUGCCGAGGGGCUCAGCGGGAUAAAACCAGAGCUGGGAUACAUUCUGGCACCGGGGCUCUGACCUCUGUUGGGAAGCGUGGACUUGAGCCGGCUCUGGUGCUGCUGGCCCGUGGGACACAGGGAGCAUCGUCUCCGCGAUAAGAAUAAGUACUCAGCUCCCAGCAGCGUUGCCAUCAUGGGGAAGGACUACUACAAGAUUUUGGGCAUCCAGAGCGGUGCCAACGAAGAUGAAAUCAAGAAGGCCUAUCGGAAAAUGGCCCUGAAAUAUCAUCCUGAUAAGAAUAAAGACCCCAACGCUGAGGAGAAGUUCAAGGAGAUUGCGGAGGCUUAUGACGUCCUGAGUGACCCCAAGAAACGAGCCGUGUAUGACCAGUAUGGGGAGGAAGGUCUCAAAACUGGAGGUGGCUCUUCAGGUGGCUCAGGGAACACCUUCCACUACACCUUCCAUGGAGACCCCCAUGCCACCUUCGCAUCCUUCUUCGGAGGCUCCAACCCUUUCGACAUCUUCUUCGCCAGCAGCCGCUCCCGGAUGUUCAAUGGCUUUGACCAGGAAGAUAUGGAUAUGGAUGAUGACGACGACCCUUUCAGUGCCUUUGGCCGGUUCGGCUUCAACGGCAUUAAUGGAGUUCACCGUCGGCACCAGGAGUCCCUGCACACGCGGAGGAAGGUCCAGGACCCACCUGUCAUCCACGAGCUCAAGGUGUCCCUGGAAGAGAUCUACCACGGAUCCACCAAGAGGAUGAAGAUCACUCGCAGAAGGCUCAACGCUGAUGGCCGGACCAUGCGGACUGAGGACAAGAUCCUAAACAUUGUCAUCAAACGGGGUUGGAAGGAGGGAACCAAAAUCACCUUCCCCAAAGAAGGGGAUGCCACUCCAGACAACAUCCCUGCAGACAUCGUCUUCAUCCUCAAGGACAAGCCUCACUCGCACUUCAAGAGGGACGGGACAAACGUGAUCUACACGGCAAACAUCAGUCUUAAAGAGGCCUUGUGCGGCUGCACUGUGAACAUUCCCACCAUCGAUGGACGGGUGAUCCCGCUCCCCUGCAACGACAUCAUCAAGCCAGGGACAGUGAAGAGACUACGUGGGGAGGGGCUGCCCUUCCCCAAGGCCCCCAGCCAGCGAGGAGACUUGAUCGUGGAGUUCAAAAUCCGCUUCCCGGACAGAAUAGCUCCCCAGACGAGACAGAUCCUCAAGCAGCACCUCCCAUGCUCCUAGAGCCCAGGGACUCUCCUCCAAAGCAGCAAUACUCCAAAUGCAUGUGCCACAGCACCUGGCCUGCACAGAGCCAAGGUGUCACAGCACUUUUAAAUGCAAAAAAAGAGAAAAAAA